AUGCAGCUGUCCAACAUCCUCUCCAUCUUCACCCUCGCCACCGCCGUCUCGGCCGUCUCUGUCUCCUACGACACUGGCUACGAUGAUCCCAACCGCUCCCUCACUGCUGUCUCUUGCUCCGACGGUGCCAACGGUCUCAUGACCAAGCACCCCAGCUGGAAGAAGCAGAGCGACAUCCCUCGAUUCCCCUACGUCGGCGGUGCUGCAUCCAUCGCUGGCUGGAACUCGCCCAACUGCGGCCUCUGCAAGAAGGCCACCUACAAGGGCAAGAGCAUCUAUGUCCUCGCCAUCGACCAUGCCGCCAACGGUCUCAACGUCGGCAAGCAGGCUAUGGACGCUCUUACCAACAACCAAGCCUCUGCCCUUGGCCGCAUUGAUGCUACCGUCGUCAACGUCGACAAGAAGUUCUGCGGUCUGUAA